GCUGAGGUGUCUGCUCGCCCGCCCGUUCUAGGGCCCGCAGGACCCCUCUCUGGAUCCCAGCUGCACCAACACCCCUCCCCUCCCCCCACUUUCUGCACCCGGCGCUGGGGGUGCAGGUGGGGCGUGGGCCAGAAGGUUCACUGCAAAAGCUUGGGGUGAAGUGCAAUUAGUCGUCCUGAUUGGAGGCGUUGCCUGCAGCCCAGCCCUCCGCCCUCCCUGCGGAUUCAGCCCCGCCUGCCGGCUGCGUCCCCAGGUGCUUUCCUAGCCUGGAUCCUCCUCCCCAGGUACUCCUCUGAUUGAGGUGGUCCACCCGCAAUAAUCUCCAGUCCUAGCUGUUCCUCUGACAGGUACUUCCCCAAGUACUCCUCAGACUCGGGUGUUGCUCCUCCAGACAUUCCUCUGACUCAGCUGCUCCUCCUACAGGACUCUGUGCUCCAGGGCUGCCUGGCAUCUGGGGCAUCUCCUCGGAGCUACGGCUCUUCUGGCAGAAGCUGAGGCUCACCGGUGUCUCCAGGCCCCUUCAUGAGUGAGGCAAACCAAACCACUGUGGGGCCCUCAGAGCUCUCCACGGCAUCAGCCAUCUCCCCUGGGCUGGGCACUGGGGCCCGGGCAUGGCCUGUGCUGGUGGGCGUCGUGCUGGGGGCUGUGGUCCUCUCUCUCCUCAUCGCGCUUGCUGCCAAGUGCCACCUCUGCCGCAAAUACCGUGCCAGCUACCAGCACCGCCCGCUGCCCGGGACCGGGAAGGGUGUCUGUCCGGAGGUGGGCGAAGAAGAUGACGAUGGCUUCAUCGAGGACAAUUACAUUCAGCCUGGGGCCGGCGGGCUGGGGACAGAGGGCGGCAGGGACCACUUUUCCUUCUGAGCCCCCAUCUUUGGUCACCCCCCACCCAUACCUGACAGCUGAAGGAUAGUGGAUACCACAGGGAGACCGUGAGCCUCAGGGACGGAGGUGUCUAGGGCGCAAGGGCUCACCAGGGGUAGAGCAGUCCUCCCUUCCCUGACACUGCUGCUGCUCGAGUGACAAACUUUCUCUUGCUCAAUCACCCUCGAUGACUCCCUGCUGUUCUCAGGACAGCUACCAAGGGCCGGGCUAGGGAAAUAAGGCCUCUGUCACCCUCUUGGUUCCCUUUCUUGCCUUUCCCAACACCACUCCCUACUAAAGUAAUUAUUUGUUUUUCCUUCUCUCCUACAUGGUGUUUCUCCAUGCACUUUUUGGUCACACUCUCUCCCCGGCCUAUACUGCCCUUCUGUUCUUGCCAAUCCUCCGUGACUGUGAUGAAAGUCCCUGGUCCAUCGACUCCCUGUAGCCCGUCUACCUGCCAGCAUUUCAAAUGAGCCCGAUGAGAACAUUUUAGCAGGUGCCAAGCAGUGUGCCAACUUUCUUGUUGAAAAUUUUCCCUAUCAAUAAAGUGAGUCAUCUAAACGGUUACAGUAUAUUACACUUUCCACGGGUAUUAAUAAAUAUAUUUUCAUUUUAAA